GUGGCAUUUCUUCGGCCAAAGUGGAACGAGAAAAGGUGUUCUUUCGUGUGAGAGUGUUUCGAAAAAAAAAAAAAAACCGUGUGCAAGUGCUCAAUUGGACUCUUGAGCCGCCAUCCGGAGAAGACACACGCGGUGUCCGAAAUAACGUUUUUCCGUGUGAAAUGCUUGUAAAUAGAAAAACAAGCAAAUAGUGUGUGUUCUUGUUUAUUUUUUCGCAACAGCCCGUAUAAUUGCAAAUUGUGUGGAAUAAUUUGAUUAUCGGGAUAGAGCAACAAAAACCCGCCCCACUUUGGAUUACUUUACCAACUUCAAGUCACUUCAGUUUGGAUUACAAUUGAGCAACGAUCACCAGUAAAAAAUGAUUGGUCUACCGGCGAUACUCUGGUGUACUCUCCUGGGAAGUUUGCUAACGCCAGCAGAAAGUGUGGUUAAUGACAAGGCACAGCGACGUGAUGCUCCUAUUCUGGACUCUUACGCACCGCCACCGUCAGGAGGAGAGUCCUUGGGACUCCCUGUUCCUGUUUAUGGAGCCCCUGAUGCACCUGCCAUUAAGUACCCAGCUCCACCUCCAGACAUUCCUCCUCCACCACCCUCUCAGCAAUACGGCGUACCCAUCCUGAAGUACGGACCACCAAAGGUCCAAGUGGAAUAUGGACCCCCACUCCCAGCCUUUAAACCUGUUCAACAUCAUCAUCACAAACAAAUCUUCCAUUCAGCUCCUCAACAGGACUUUUCCUUCUUCGACCAGAUCAAAUCAUCCCUCGGUUUCUCCGGAGCCAAACCCGUAUAUGGCCCACCUAAACCUCAUUUCCCCAAACCCUCCUACGGACCCCCGUCCUUUAGUCAUCAAAGCCACCAAAGCCAUCAAAGUCAUCAGAACUUUGGGGGCGGAAGCUCUUAUCAAUUCCUAACACCUCCAGCACCUGGUUUCGGACCAAAACCCUCAACUUCCUACGGACCUCCCUCCCUAGGCAGACCAUCAGGUCCCUCCUUUGGUGGACACCACCAUGGAAGCAGUUCUCUGCCUCCAACACCUCCAGAAAUCCGUUGUGACGGAUGGAAGCCAAUCCCUGGACCUGCCAUUCAGCCAGAGACUUCGUACGGACCCCCAGCUAGUGGACUCCCUCAAUCAGCACCUGCUGCUGACCAUGCAGCAGAUAAUCACAUCCACGAUGAUAUUGGGGGACUAGAGCUGCCACAUUCCGAGCCCUCAGUUCAGUUCCAUGGAGAUCUGAAUGGAUUUGGACUCUCAGGAGGAGCAGCUGAUGUCAGUGUGAUCAAAAGCAACUCAUUCGAGCUUUCUAACAAUCACCUCGGAGACAGUUACGGACCACCUCCUCCUAUCUCUGUCUCCACAUCUUAUGGAACUCCUGCGCACCAUGGUGGACCCCUAGUCAUCAACCAUGGAAGUUCUCAUGGCAGUUCUCACGGAUUUGGAGGAGGAUCACAUGGUGGAUCUCAUGGGGGUCAUCAGAUCUCAACAUCCUACGGACCCCCUUCGUUCUCCUUCUCCAAGCCCGUAUACAGGGGUCCUCCAGUUGGCCUGAUGCCACCUAGUGGGGUUUAUGGAGUUCCUCCAGGAGGCACUUAUGCCGGCCUAGCCAUUCAGCACGGAACAGUUAGUGGGAACCUGAAACCCUGGCCAGUGCCUGGAUCUGCACCUAAAAGACCAAUACCCUUCCGACCGCCAGUUCCACAGGGUCUACUGGAAUCCAUUGGGCACAAUGUUCAGCAUUUGGAUAAUUUCGGAGUGAAGCAACAUCAUGGUGGUGGAGUUUACUUGCCUCCACCUAGCGAGAUCCCAGCUCCACCACACGGCUUGAAUGCCCUACCUCUAGAAAACUCUCAGAGACCCUUCCUGAGUCAGCACAACAUCGGAUACAGCCAUGAGGGUCGAGGUGGAGGUCACGAUUGUGGACAUGGACCUCAGGUUCUGCAGGACAGCUACGGACCUCCGCCUUCGGGAACAGUUCAACCUACAUCUGAAGGAGGUUCACAUGGGACUGGGUUUGAUUUAGGUGAGAUACCAGUUGGACAUCAACCCCAUGCGGUCUAUGGAGUACCAGAUUUUGGACCAGGUCCACAUCCAUCAGGAGGAGACUCACUAGCCUACGACACUGAAGUUAGGUCAGCUGCGGUUCCCGCGGGGCAGAGUAACCCUGAAUCAUCGGAAGAAGAAAAGACCAAGGCUGAGGUAUCGGGUUUGACUGGAUUGGAUGUGAUCUCAGCUCAGAAGUCCCAGAGCAUUACAAUUCCAGUCCAAGGUGCUUUGGGAACGUAUCAACUGCAGUUCCAGGCUGCUGAUCCUCUGGCAGGAGGUGAUGGGAAUGCAAUCGAUGCUCCGCAUCAGCAACUCCUAUCUCAGGGACUUCUGCAGUCCAUCCUCUCGGCCAUUGAGCAACCAAAUGGGCAGAACCAGCAAGUAACGCAUGAUCAGCACAAUGAUCAUGAUGAUGUUGCGGUAUUUGUAAGGAGUCCUGAGGGUCAGGAAGCCCUAGCUGAGCCUUCGCAGCCAACCCCAACAGACCACGAUGAAUCCCGAUGAAUUCCGAUGAUGCGCGAAUGGUGAAAAAGUGUGAGAGAAAAACCUUCCUAAGAGACUCUAUUAGUGUAUUUUAUUUAAGCGAUGCACCAGAACGAAGUGGAUACUCUUGAGAUAAACUAGUUAUGAGGAUACACUCGGGGCUCACGUUAACUUGCAAACUCUAGUGUUGCCAUAUUAAAGUCCUCAAACACCAUGCGAACAUUUUGGGAUAAUUAAAGGGGUGGGAAAAAUGUCGCGAGGGGAUUGCGACAGGCGCUACUCGAGGGGAUUAUUUCUGGCUGGGAAUCAACUUCUGAAAUGACUGCUUUUAUUUUCUCAAAAAAUAAUAUGUAUAAUGGUAAUAGGAGUGCCUGAUGGACACUUUCUUAGUAAGUUUGUAGUAAAACUCCAUGGAUUAUCUGAUGGAGUUGGUAUAAUUAAUUUCAAAUAAAGUAUAUUUAUUUUUUUGUAAUGUGUAAAAA